AUGCCAGCAAAUUUGGUCAUCAGUCCGCUGGAGCUGUAUGACGUUAUUCUCGAUAUGGACUGGUUGUCAUACUACAGAGUUCAUAUGGAUUGCUACAAAGACAUAGUGGCUGAGCAGAUGAUGGAGCGGGGUUGUGAGGCGUAUCUGGCGAUGAUUUCUAUGUCGGACUCGGGAGCUGGAGUUGCUAUGGGUGAUAUCCGGGUUGUCCAGGACUUUGAGGAUGUGUUUCAAUCACUAAAGGGAUUACCACCAUCUCGGUCUGAUCCUUUCACGAUUGAGCUAGAGUUGGGGACAGCACCGAUAUUUAAGACGCCUUACAGGAUGGCGCCAGCAGAGUUGGCAGAGCUGAAGAAGCAGAUAGAGGACCUUUUGUCUAAGUGGUUCAUUUGGCCGAGUGUUUCGCCGUGGUCUUCUGCAGAGUUUACCCAUUCCAAAGUGGAAGUGGGACGGGAUCACUAUGGACUUCGUUGUGGGAUUACCUAUCUCACGGAUUUAUGA